ACAGGCUUUAGGUGUAUAUAAGACGUCCCCUGGCCACACACCACACAAACAAGACGCUCUCGAGGAAGAAGCAUGAAGACUUUCAUUCUGUGCUUACUACUAGUCAACCUGGCAAUAGUGGUUUACUCUUUGCCAAUAUCGCCGCCUACUGAAGAAGAUGAAGUUCUUGCAGAGGUAUGCUUUUUGUCACAUCUUUUGCUAGAAGGGUCUAUAUGGGUUUUACAACUGAAAUUAUUAUGAUAGAACAGAUGUGUACAUGUAACUUCAUAUGGCUUGGUCAGGUUGUUAUUGCAAAACAGAAUAUUGACUUACCCGGUUAUAAAUAAAGGCUAAAUAAAUAUACAUUCUAAUGAGUUGUGUUGAACUAUUGAAGUGCAAGAACUAUUGAAAUCCCUGCUUAGUUAGUUGCUAUACUCAUAACACAGUAAAGUCAUUGUAUAUUUUAACUCUUGCUGUGUGAGCCUUGUACACCUACCAUAGGAUAUUAUAUUCAUAACUGUAGUAAAUGGCACCAUAAUGUCCUAUCAUAUUAACAUCAUGCUUGCUCUGUUUUCUGUAGACGUACCUGAAGAGAUUUUUUAACCUGACAGAGGAGACGGGUCCUACGGCCAGACGGGGGCCCAGCCAGCGGAGCAGGAAGGUCAGCGAGAUGCAAACAUUCUUUGGCCUCCAGGUGACAGGCACCUUGGACGCUGAGACCGUGACGAUGAUGAAGAAGCCACGCUGUGGCGUACCUGAUGUCCAACCCAGCCGCUUCACCACCUUCGACAAUCGCAAGUGGCAGACCAACCAGGUUACCUACAGGUGAGAGGAGUGAGAAAGCAUAAAUACACCACGGUCAAAUGUGUCUAAGACAAAAUAGGGCUUGUAAUGUUAACAUUUAGUUAGUUGCAAUAUCAAUCAGGUGGUGUUUAAACACAAAGGCAAGUAUCCACUUAGUGUGGAUAAUAAAGUUUUUUGUAUUUGCAAACAUCAAGUUAUACACAGAGACACUAUGAGUGAUAAGCCUUGGGAUUGUUAGGGAUUGUUGAACCAAAAAAUAAUUUCAACAUUGAGAAAUGUUUUUCUAAUGUUGACUGUUGGUGUAUUGUGUUCUUCAGGAUUGAGAACUACACCCCUGACAUGUCUGUGGCUGAGGUGGACAACUCCAUAGAGAGAGCACUACAGGUGUGGGCCAAGGUCUCCCCCCUGAGGUUCACCCGCAUCUACAGCGGCACCGCUGACAUCAUGAUCUCCUUCGGCACCAGAAGUAAGCAACUUUUAUCCUACCAAACACAAUGUUAAUGUGACCAACUGAAACAGAAUUCAUUCAAUAUUAAGAAAGUCUAACCUGGAAGUACUUGCGUGGGUUUCUGGAUAUGUUUGUAAAAGCUACACUGUAACUGAAAACUGUAAUUUAUAUGGUAAUUUUGGUAUAGUAAAAUACUGUGAAACGUUUACUGUAAGUUAUGAUGCAUUGUGGGAACAUUUUGUGGGUGGGGAAGGAAUUGCUGUAUUUGGAAUGGUACUGUAAUUCCAUCCCACAGAAUACAGUACCAGAUCGUAUUUUUGGAGUGCCAAAAACCUUUUGUCCACUAGUGAGUGCAUGGCAUUGUUGUCUGGCUCAUUAACAUUUUUUACAUUUUUUACAUUUUAGUCAUUUAGCAGACGCUCUUAUCCAGAGCGACUUACAUGAGCAAUUAAGGUUAAGUGCCUUGCUUAAGGGCACAUCGACAGAUUUUUCACCUAGUCGGCUCGGGGAUUAGAACCAGCGACCUUUCGGUUACUGGCACAACGCUCUUACCCACUAAGCUACCUGCCGCCCUACAUAUUAUGAGGUGUGCCUUGAAAAAGGCUAUAUUUGUUGCACCCGUUAGUGAGAGUGCUGUUCCACUUUAACUGGUAUGUGGUAGUAGUGCCCCAUCAAUUACAAUGUAUAGGGGACAGAUUAGAGUGGCUGCAAGUCUUAAACCUUUAAUGGUCAACCUCAAAUUACCAACCUGCUUGCACCAAUCCCACGUAAUUACAGUAAAAUAUAAACCCCACCUCCCCUCAGUGAAUAUCAUUCAUUCAUCCAUUCAUUACAGUCUAAUACAGCCAAUUUUUAAGUAUUGUACUGUGUGUAGUUACACAGUACAUGCUUAGAUACUGUACUUAGAAUACAGUCGGUAUAUUGCAAUAUGAAAUACAGUAACUUACUAACCACUAGCUGCCUUUAAGUUACUGUCAAAUUCACGUUAACCCCUUUACAGUGUACUAUAAUACACUAAUAAGCUGAUGUACGAAAAUGUCAUACUGUACAUGUUCACAAAGAAUGCAUCCAUUUAAAAAGGGAACAUGCAGUAUGUACUGUACAGUGCUUUGUUUUGAAAGACACACAGACACUUCAAAGGCUCUCAGGAUGUUUUUGUAUAGCAGGGUUAGAAAGGGAGGGCUGUAGGGAGAUACCUGUGGAGGAUCCACUGUUUACAUUCCUCUUGUCAGAGCAUAGUGCAGGUAUAGGCCUAUUCAGGGGCACCCUCCGCUCCAUACCACUUACAUAACCAACAUCACCACCACUCGUAAACACAGACAUCCACAAUGGUCUCAGUGGCUUGCUACUGCACUUUAAUCUGUCUUGUACAUGUUUUGAUGAGUUGAAAGAAUGGAGAGACACCCAGAUACCACUUACAUAACCAACAUCACCACUCGUAGUCUUAAACACACACAUCCACAGUGGCAUCAGUAUCAUGUCACUGCUCGCCCCUCACUAUAAUCCGUAUUUACAGUUUGAUGAGUUGAAAGGGUGUUAUUAGAGCCACUCUGCCAUAUUUCACCCUCUGAGGUGUUACGAUGGGCUCCCUAUAAGUGCAUCGGUUUUAAGAAACUAACAUUUGAUAUAAAUAAUUUGAAUAUAAAUGUUUAUACAGUAUGCAUUUGUCCUCGUCUCUGAUGGCUCAAACUAUGAUUUCUCCCAUCUGUGUAGAUCAUGGUGAUUCUUACCCCUUCGAUGGCCCGGAUGGCACCCUGGCCCAUGCCUUCUCGCCUGGUCCUGACAUUGAAGGAGAUGCUCAUUUUGACGAUGACGAGUACUUCACCUUCAGCUCAACCAGAGGUGAGACCCUCUAUCACAACAAUAUGUGAACAUGACUUAAUUUACCCUGUUUCAAUUCUAGGACAAUCCUGGGUGACAUGUCAUGAUAAUUGCCACAAAAGAGUAGAAGAUCUGUACCAGUAAUUAUGUAUUAUCAUCAUAUAGGGUACAACCUGUUCUUGGUGGCUGCACAUGAGCUUGGCCAUUCCCUCGGUCUCAGCCACUCCAACGACCCUGGAGCACUGAUGUUCCCAGUGUACAGCUACACAGACCCCAGCACCUUCUCUCUGCCUCGCGAUGACGUCAACGGUAUCCAGUACAUCUAUGGUCAGUAUUCAAUUAUCUUUUCUCUUUCUGUCCAGUUUGCUUUAGCUUUAUAUUGCUGUAUUCCACUUUGUUUGCUUUUGACUGAUCAACAAAAAGGUUCAGGCCAAAUACGUUAUAUUAUUGAUCUCCAAGUAAAUCAAUUAUGAGACUUGAGAACUGUGCAUUUUUUACAGGAACUUGAAUUUAUGAGUAUCUGUGUCCUCCAGGUCCAAACCCAGAUGUGAACCCCAACCCAGACAAGCCAGAUCCUACACCCCCUUCCACCCCUGAUGCCUGUGAUCCCACCCUGGUUCUGGAUGCUGUCACCACUCUGCGUGGGGAGAAGAUGUUCUUCAAGGGCAGGUACAGCAAAUCAUGUAGCCUAGAUCAAAUGUUCAGUGACUUAUGGUAACCUACAGUUCAAAAACAGUCAAUGAAUGACACAGUUUCCAAGGGAAACAGGUUGUCUGUUCAUGUGAUCCAGAGCUCUAACGUCCUCAUGUCUUCCCUCCAUCCUCAGGUUCUUCUGGCGUAGCUACUAUCAGAGCAGCACACCACAGCAGAACCUCAUCAAGACCUUCUGGCCCGGACUCCCCGACAACAUCAAUGCUGCUUACGAGAGCCAGCUAUCUGACAGAGUGUUCCUCUUCAAAGGUAUGGCAGAGUCACCAAAUGCCUCAAAUUAGCCCUGGUAUGGCUGUAGUCUCCAUAACAUGUCUAGAGACAAGAGAAGUGGAGGCUACAGCCAUUUAUAGAGCUAGCCUCAUACACUACUACUACACUACAGGCUAGUACACUAUACAAUAUGGCUGUAAUGAAUACUGUGUGAAUACGUGAACCUGUUAAAGAGUCAUAUCUCAGUAAUACUGUCUCUGUCCCUGCAGAUCGUCAGGUCUGGGCUCUCUCCGGCUAUGACAUCGUCCCCGGCUAUCCCAAAAACCUGAACAGCUUGGGUCUGCCCAGUACCGUGAAAAAAGUAGAUGCCGCCCUGUACGAUGUAGAUUCUCGCAAGAGCUUGUUCUUUGUUGGUGACUACUACUACAGGUUAGUGGAGUCUAGUUUAUCAUUACAAGUUAUUGCAUUUUUAUUCACUUUUCUAUGUACUGUAUAUUGCCAUUAGAUAUUGAUGUCAAGAGUAUCACAAUCUCACUAAUAUUUCUGUUACCGUAGUUACGAUGAGGAAAUGAAAAGGAUGGACAAAGGUUUCCCCAAGCGUGUGGAUGAAGGGUUCCCAGGCAUGACAAGCAAAGUGACUGCAGCCUUCCAAGUCCGAAGUGAGUGUGAUACAGCAUCUAAACACAACUGUGCAUUACAAGCCAAUCAUAUGGAAAUAUACAAAAUAUGAUUUCAUACCUUCUACAGUUUUCAUUUAAUAUAAGAAAAUCCCCUGAAUAGUCCUUUUAAUGCAUAUUUUAGAUGUUGAGUAUUGAUAGUUUGUCAGUGCAGCAUCCCACUGGGCACAUACAUCAAUUCAACAUAUUUUCCUCGUUGGUUCAACGUCAAAAUGACGUGGAAACAAUGUUGAUUCAACCAGUGUGUGCCCAGUGGGAUGUCUCUAACCUCUCUACCCUAUAUGGUUUUACAGGCUUCACCUACCUUUAUAGUGGCUCCUACGUGUUUGAGUACAGCAUGAGGACCAGGAGACAGUUACGCGUGCUAGGAAACAGCUACUUCCUGCCCUGUUAGAACAUUGACCCUCAUGAGCCAUUUAAAGUAGCAGCCGUGAACAACAAUGAAUGCAGCCAAAUAACAGUUGUAUUUUUUUCUAAUACGUAAUGUUGUUGUAAUUUAGAAAUUUUACAGAUUUGUUUUCUAAUACAUAUUGUCACAUAUCUAUUUAAAUAUCUAUUCAUGUAUCUAAAUUAUUUGAUAUGUUUCUUGAUUAAAUUGUAACCUAAAUAAUCAGAAGAAAUUAAUGUCUUGAAUGAAGGCCAAACACAUUUUUACACUUUGCAUAUUCAAAUAAAUUCCAAGUUAUUGCGA